UAGCGAUUUUUCGCCCCAUAUACCACGUAGCUACACGACCAAAAUCCCCACCACUAUGACGAAAAAUUUUGGAAAAAAUCGUGUUGAAAGGCCCAGGCUUCCCCUACAUUUUUCUUGCAAAAACUCGUUUUUUAGGUUGGAGCGGAAAUUCCGCUCGAAAAUUUUUUUUGGAAGUACCCAACAAUAAUCCAUCAUAAUUUUUCAAAUCUGAGAACAGGGUCAUUUCACCUAUCUUACCGUAGCUGUGCUUUUUUGCCUCGUUUUCCCUCUCCUUUCUGGAAACCUAUAAUGAAAAAAAAAAAAACGAAACGAAAUACUCGUAGAGCUAGAAAUAUGAUCGAAAAAGUGAAUCAAGAAAUAUAAAUGGAGUGCGGAGCUCGUCAUGGAAAGAGUAUAAUAGUAUAAUGUAUUGUAUGUAUUAUGAGUGACGACGCCGUCGUACGACGAGAUGAACAAGGCAAGAGCAGGCGAACAGAGGGCGUUAACUGAAGAAGAAGAUUUCGCUACGAAUAAUCUAUCAUCGAGUCGGUAGGAUAUGUACGAGGAGAAAUACUCGCAUUCGUACGCGUAUCUUAGGAUGGAUUUUAACUCUCUCAGCAGGAUGAGUAUGGAUGAGAAAAAAUAGAGAGAGGCGAGUCAGACCCCACCUUCAACGCGGUGUGACCGAAGAAAAAAGAAAAAAUAAUGAGCGAGUGAGACUUGAAACAGAUAAAGAAAGAGUAAGGAGAACUGUCACACAGCAUGCAAAGCAUCCGAGCCGGCUGCAGUAGAAAAGAGCGGCGAGAGCAGAAGAUCGCGCGCUAUUCGUAGAACCGGAGGAUGUGUCAGGGACCCCCGAACGUUUCGUGAUCCGUGAGUCGCUCCUCGGUACAUCGUUUCACUAUUCAGCGGGAUAUUCAUCAUUUGUUUGGUACGGCGUUGCGGCCAAGUCACUAACAAACUUCCCCUCUUCUGUACCCUUCGACUCGAUCGUCGAUCUACGUCGAUUUACGAGUAUCUUACGUUUUUUUUUACUCUCGUGCUCGUCGUGUGAAUCAUUAUCUCGCGUCGAAUUUUGGAACACUGUGUACCCGCAGUUGGCCAAUUUACGCGGUAUCGUGUGUGUUGUUGUGUGACGAUGUGAUUCGAUUUUUCGAUCAAUUUUUUUACGUUAAAAUAUGAAUUAUUGCGGUUAUGGUGUCGUUUUUGAUGACUAAAUUUGGAUAGUGAUCGUUGCGUGUGUGGCUGGAUCAAUGAUGAACUACGCGAUUGCCCCGAUACCGGGUGCAAAUUGUACGAUGGAUGAUCACAAUAAACUAUCACCUUCGAUGUACUACGAGUUCGCAAACGCCGACGGUCCAGGUGGGCAGGUAUUGAUGUCCUCCGACUACUACGGUUCGUUGUCACCGAAGAAAAUCCAAUACGAGAAAUUUCAAGAUAUAAAAUUCGGUCCCGAUGUGAUGGCUGCGGCAGCCGCUGGUCACGAAUUCGAAUACGUUAAUUCGGCCCCAACGCCGGACCCGGAUCGCAAAUCGGCCAAUAUGGAAGAUCUCGUCGACCUGAGUUCGAAACAAGAUCACCUGUUCGUCAACGGUUCGCCAGGUUCGGCGUAUUUCGUAGCUUCGAAUCGGGAAACGCCGAUGAAAUUCAUGCCUCAUUUUUACGUCGAUAAUACCGGAGAACGUCUAAAACACAUUAAACUAGAACCGGAUCAAGUGGAUUAUGCCGAAGAUGCGUCAUCUUUGAUGGUAGCCACUUCGAUGGCUUUGGACGAGUAUUACCAGCAAUCGACGAUAACAACGAGCUUACCUGCGGCUCCUACGACCACCACGACGACAUCGUCGUCAUUGAGCAGCAAAUCGGCCGAAUUUGCUGAAUUCUCGAGCAGUUCUUCGGCCGCCGAUACGCCUACAGCAAUCAUUCCGAAAAAACGUAAACGAUCUCAGCGUGGAAACUCCUCAGCUAAGAAUACCAAUUCCGGAUCCGGUACUGAAUCGCCAUUGAGUUGGGAUGAAGGUAUCGACUCGACAGGUCGCAGAAGUUCGAUGGGCAAGAUGCGUAAAAAAGGGCCUCAAACGUACGAGGAGAUUCAAAACCAAAGAGUUAUGGCUAAUGUACGAGAAAGACAGAGGACCCAGAGCUUGAACGAGGCUUUUACUUCGUUACGUAAAAUCAUUCCUACCCUGCCUUCGGAUAAGCUGUCCAAAAUACAGACUCUUAAAUUGGCUACUCAGUAUAUUUACUACUUGAACGAGUUGCUGAAAUGCGGUAGCCACGAACACGGAGAUACUGAUAAUGAAGAUUCGCCCAGAGGAGGAUGCGACCAUUCCAAUACAAAUGACGAGAAAAACUCCAAAAUGGGCAUGUUAUCUUGCAGUUACACGGCUCACGAACGACUAAGUUACGCAUUCAGUGUAUGGCGAAUGGAGGGAGAUUGGUCGAAUAGCAGUAGUCACGGAUAGAGGAGGUUCGUAAAUCGUAUGUGAUUGUGGAUGGCCAUUUUUUAUUUUCAAUGUUUUCUUUAUAUUGGUGCUGGAAGUUACGAAGCAUCCACCAGUUUCCAUAUUUUUACGUAUUUUUUUAAAAGUAUUUCUCGUCUUUUUACUUGAUGUAAUUUUUUUGAAAAUUUAUUGUUGUGUAAGAAUAAUUUUGUUUUGCAUACGUUUUUGUUUUUUUUUUCUGUAUAGAAUUGUACCUGUAUAUUUAAGUUGUUUAUUUUUACCUUUUUUGUUACGUACGUGCCACAAAAUCUGACAAUUUUUAAUAAAAUGAUUUUUAUUAUUUCUA